CUGUGAGCAGUUUCAGAUACUUUUAGUUGUAAAACGAUCGUGCAGCGGUUGCGUUGAGUUGAGAGUAGAGUAGAGUGAAACUCAAAUAGAAUAAUUAAAUAUAGUUUUGAAUAAAUGUUUGUUUUUGUUAAAUAUAUUUAGUAAUUAUACAAAAUUGUGGUUAAAGUGGUAUUGGUACGAAUAUACAAAACAUACAUACAUAUGUGGGAAAUACAAUUAUUUUAAACAAAAAUAAUAAAUUAAAUUAUACAAUAUUAUUUCAAAAAACAAACUACUUAUUAAGAGAGAGUAGGCUAAAUAAAACAAUACAAAAGUGCGCUAUACAAAAAUUAAUAAAAAAUAAUAUAAAAUUUUAUUAAAAGAAAUCGUAUUCAAGAAUAUUGGACUGAAUAAAACCAGUUUGCAGGAGAGUGUACGUGCCUCAUAUUUUUUUUUUGAAUAACAAACCAGUUAAUGGGAAACAACCACAACAACAAUAACAUUAUGCAUGAAAGUCUGGUUUAAAAGAUUGUACAACACUCCGAAAAAGUCAAAGAAGAGUUAAAAACAAAUAACAGACAACCAAAAAUGAGUCAUCAAGUCAAACGUUUAGUAGCAACACACAAAUAAAAACAACUAAAAACCUUAGUUAAACUCUCUCAUCAUCAGUCAGUAGAAUGUCAGUUUCUACCCAGUAGUGAAUAAUUUAAAUAAUUAACGUUUACAAUAACAAAAGAAUAUAAAAUUUCAAAUAAAACAUUCAGAAUUUCCCGUAAAAACCAAAUACUUAUAAAACAAAGUAGCAAAAUUGUUUAAAUAACAAUUUUUACACGAUCGAUCACGUAUUUUAUUACAAUAACAGUGCAAAAAAAAACAACAACAAUAAUAAUAAAACAAUAAAUUAAUAAUAUAAAAACAACAAAGAAUAAAAUUUAUAAACAAUAAGUAAAAAUAAUUAAUUAAAAUUUUAACGCAAUUUAACCUGAUCAUCAUGGUUUCAAAAUUAGUAAAAUACGGCUCUUCUACGUUUUUUAUGGUUCAUAACUUGGCUAAAGUGGUAAUGGCGGAUGGUGGAAUAGAAUGCUAUAGGCAAACAUGUCGCCCAAUUGAAGAGUAUUGUGCCCAGUUUGAACAGGCUUGUAUGUCCUGCAGCAGUACCUGUGAUCCCGAGGAUAUAAAAUAUGAAGAAAAAGUUUGCAAUCAACACUGUAGCGAUUUCAUCAAAUUAGAACCUCUUAAGAAUGAGAUACAUUACAUACAAAUGCAACAGAAUGUUAUACUCAUACUGCUGAUAGUAUUGCUGAUCAUUACGGCCGGUCAUUUUACCUGGAAGUUAAUGAAAUGUUUUAAAAACAAACGCUGUAGCAUCAGCCGACUAAUGGGAAAACUAAAAUUAAAAAAACAAAGCACCGUGACAACAACACACAUGAAUGGCAAAGAUUUGGGUGGCAUCACCAUACCCAAUAUGAGUGCGAUCAAUGAUGUCGAGAGAGCACCUUCACAAAUAUACAGUCUGGCAGGUGCUGAAGGUUCUGUAAGGACAGUGACAACACCAAUUAGCUCACGCCAUCCAGCUGAAAACACGACACCCUCGCCACAGCCCAAUGAGUAUUCGUAUGAUAAUCAAGGUUUAGUAGUGACGCCAAUUUCAGAAAAACCCAGCGGCCGACCAAUGUUUUAAUAUAAAGAGCAUAACAUAACACUACAACUCUCAUCCAUCCACCAGUGAACUUUAACCAUCCCAUACUUCACGCUUAUUUAUUCAUUAUGUUUUAACCUAAACUAAGGAAACUCAUUUAUAAAAUGAUUUCUGUCUCUGCGGCCUUAAUACUUAAAUAAGUAUUUACGAAUAUUGUCAUUUGUAAGAGUUUAUUUUAAGUUACAACUUUUAUUCUGUAUAUUUCUUUGUCUUCCUUUUAUUGUAAAAAAUACACUAGAAGAAACACUUGCGUUUCAUUUUUGAGUGUAAUUUUAUGUUUAUCCACAACCAUCACAUUUUAUUUAAAACUAUUUAGUGAUAUGUUUGUUUUAUAAGUCCUUUCCUCUUUCUAAGUUUGUAUUUAGUUUUAAAAAUGUAAAUUUUAUUUUACAAGUACGUACUACGUACACAAAAGAAUUGUAUUGAUAUUAUAUGCAAAAUGUAUACUUUGUAACAAAUUUAAAAAUAAAUAUAAAAAAAUCUA